UCCCGGGUCAAGUGACUCGGGGCGGCCGGGCCGCGCGCCGACUGCGGAGCCGAGAGGCCGGACGAUGGGCUCGCGCGGGGUGGCUCGCCUUCUCCCUCCGCUGCUGGUGCCGCUGCUGCUGCUGCUGCUGCCGGGCCCCGCGCGCGGCCUGCGCAAUGCCUCCCAGAGGACGUUCCAGAUCGACUACAGCCACAACCGCUUCCUCAAGGACGGGAAGCCCUUCCGCUACGUCUCGGGAAGCAUCCACUACUCCCGCGUGCCCCGCUUCUACUGGAAGGACCGGCUCCUGAAGAUGCGCAUGGCGGGGCUGAAUGCCAUCCAGACGUACAUUCCCUGGAACUUUCACGAGCCCCAGCCAGAACAGUACCAGUUCUCGGGGGAACAUGACGUGGAAUAUUUUAUCAAGCUGGCCCACGAGCUGGGACUCCUGGUGAUCCUGAGGCCCGGACCCUACAUCUGUGCGGAGUGGGACAUGGGAGGCUUACCCGCUUGGCUGUUAGGAAAAGAAUCGAUUAUCCUCCGCUCCUCCGAUCCAGAUUACCUUGAAGCCGUGGACAAGUGGCUGGGAGUCCUUCUGCCCAGGAUGAAGCCUCUCCUGUAUCAGAACGGAGGGCCCAUUAUAACCGUGCAGGUCGAGAACGAGUACGGCAGCUACUUCGCCUGUGACUACGACUACCUGCGGUUCCUGCAGAGGCGCUUCCACUACUACCUGGGCAGUGACGUGCUUCUGUUCACCACCGACGGGGCGCACGAGAAGUUCCUUCAGUGCGGGGCGCUGCAGGGCGUCUAUGCCACCGUUGACUUCGGUCCAGAUGCCAACAUCACCGCAGCUUUCCAGGUCCAGAGAAAGAGCGAGCCCCGAGGGCCAUUGGUGAAUUCCGAAUUCUACACUGGAUGGUUAGACCACUGGGGCCAACCUCACUCAAGAGUGAAGACUGAAGUGGUGGCUUCCUCCCUCCACGAUAUGCUUGCCCGUGGGGCGAAUGUGAACUUGUACAUGUUUGUAGGUGGGACCAAUUUUGCUUAUUGGAAUGGAGCCAACAUCCCCUUCCAAGCACAGCCCACCAGCUACGACUACGACGCCCCACUGAGCGAGGCAGGAGACCUCACCGAGAAGUAUUUUGCUCUGCGGGACGUUAUUCUGAAGUUUGAAAAAGUACCAGAAGGUUUCAUCCCUCCAUCUACACCGAAGUUCGCAUAUGGAAAAGUAGCCCUGCAAAAGUUAAAGACGGUGGAGGAUGCUCUGAAUGUCCUGUGUCCCUCUGGGCCCAUAAAAAGCCUUCAUCCCUUGACAUUUAUCCAGGUGAAACAGUAUUCAGGUUUUGUGCUGUACCGAACAACGCUUCCUGAAGACUGCAGCAACCCCACACCUCUGUCUUCUCCCCUCGGGAGAGUCCAUGACCGCGCCUAUGUCGCCGUGGAUGGGGUGCCCCAGGGAGUCCUGGAGCGAAGUGACGUGGUCACUCUGAACAUCACAGGGCAAGCGGGAGCCACCCUGGACCUCCUGGUGGAGAACAUGGGCCGUGUGAACUAUGGCAGCUUCAUCAAUGAGUCUAAGGGUCUUAUUUCUAACCUGACCCUCGGCUCCCGCAUCCUCACGGACUGGACGAUCUUCCCGCUCAACACUGAGGAUGCAGUGCGCAGACACCUGGGAGGCUGGCCUGGCCGUAACAGCGGCCGCCAUGGUCACGCCUUCGCCCCCAGCUCCUGUAACUACACACUCCCGGCCUUCUACACGGGGAACUUCUCCAUUCCCAGCGGGAUCCCGGACUUGCCCCAGGACACCUUCAUCCAGUUUCCUGGAUGGACCAAGGGCCAGGUGUGGAUUAAUGGCUUUAACCUUGGUCGGUAUUGGCCAGCACGGGGCCCCCAGGUGACUCUGUUUGUGCCACGGCACAUCCUGGUGACUUCGGCCCCGAACAACAUCAUCAUACUGGAAUUGGAGCGCGCGCCCUGCGGUGACAAGGGCCCGGAAGUGUGCUCCGUGGAGUUUGUGGACAGGCCUGUCAUCAGCGCUGCUCCGACCUCCAGCCGUCCCCCCCCAGACCUGUCUAACCGAGGCUCAGGACUGGACCGGGUCUGAUGACUAAUCACUGUGACCCUUUGUAGCGUCAGCAGCCUUGCACAUACCUCACACACCCCUCGCGUAAUGCCAGCAUGCACUGGGAAGUUCGACUGGAAGAUAGAUUCAGCACGAGUGUUUUCUCCUGAGGUUUUCCGGGCAGCCUCGCGGUGGCCAGCCCUCACCGGCAGGGGCUGCAGCGGACGUGUGAGGACGGUGGCCACACGGUGAUGCACGAUGAGUUCCCACAGUCGAAAUGGAAGCUUUCAAGGUGUUCCUGAUUUUUAUUUUGGAAGAAUCAUGUUGUCUUUUUGUUAAAUAAAAUUGGUAUUCAAAUGA